AUCUAGAUUUCACAAGAAAAGAAGGUUGUUAAUCAUUGGACUACUUGUACAGAAGUGGAAGCAGGUAUAUAAAUUCGCGAUGUUGACAUGAUUGACAAUACAGACUAGAGUUGCCGAUCAAACGAUGGCGUUAACGAUCUUGUGUCUUCUCGGCCUAUUGGCAUUCUCUCAAGCUGGAAUUUUGAAACCAUACUUUGAUCCCAGAAUCGUGAAUGGAGAAGAUGCGAAAUUAGGCGAAAUUCCAUAUCAGGUUUCUCUUCAACAAAAAUCAAGUUCAUUCCAUUUCUGUGGUGGUUCAAUCCUGACGGAAAAUUACGUUAUCACGGCAGCUCACUGUGCUGAAGGCCAAUCAGCUGAGAAUAUAAAAGUAGUUGCUGCCAGCCUCGAUUUAUUAGAUCCACAAGUGACGAAUGAAGUUUCGUCUAUUCGUAUACAUGAGGGUUAUGAUUCCUCUGAUUCUUGGGUUAACGAUGUUGCUCUAUUAAAGGUGAAAAAUCCUUUUGUAUUAUCUGCAACACUCCAAAAAAUUCCUCUGCCACCGCAAGACUACGUUGUCAAUGCCAACGAUGUUGCUGUUGUAUCAGGAUGGGGCAGACUUUGGCAAGGCGGACCAACUACUAAUCAAUUACAACGAGUCAAUAUUGUGAUUGCUGACCAACAAUACUGCUCUGAUAAAUACACCGAUUUGGGAUACAACGUCUAUCCCACGCAGGUUUGCGCAUACGAUCCGCGAGUGGAAAAAGGAUCUUGUAACGGUGAUUCUGGUGGUCCAUUGACCGUCGGUGGAAAACUUGUUGGAUUGGUAUCCUGGGCGAAUGGUUGCGCCAGUAUUUCCUACCCGACUGUUUACACACGUGUGACUUCUUACCUUGAUUGGAUUAAUGCGAACCUUGAUUAAUGCGAAACCAAUUUUCAGCUAUGAUUUAAUCGCUGUUUUAUGUAAAUCUUUAACGAUCGAUCGUUGAAAUUAAGAAAAGAAGAUUCUUUUCUGAUGUAUAUACAGAUGUGAUAAUGAUGUGACGUGGGGUUGUACAAAAUAAGUACCCUCAAAAUUUGUACACAUUUUUAACACAAUAAAUAUGUACAUAUAUGUAUAUA